AUGCAAUGGUCUCCAGAUAACGAAGGUCUAAGUCAACUCUGUUUGAUUUUGCAGCACGCUGUUUCUGCAGAUCAUAAUGAGAGACAACAGGCAUUAGAUGCCCUUGAGACGUUCAAGUUACAACCACAAUUUGCAAAUUAUUUAUGCUAUAUCCUACUCCAUCUUGAAGAAAUGGACCAACUAAGAGGUACUGCCGGUAUUCUUCUAAAAAACUGUAUACUUGGGGGCAAUGUUGUUGACUUAGAAUACGUGAAGUCCGAGAUUGUUCGAGGAUUAUGUUUGGAUAACAACUUCAUUGUUAAGAUUACCGGUAUAGUCAUUGCAGCAUUGUAUUCGACAUAUUAUAGACAGCAUAGAGAGGACCCACAAGGUCUUAUCACACUUGGUCAGUUAAUCGAACUUGCCAGAGACAACAACGAAGGUUCUAUGAAAGCUUUAUCGAAGAUGAUGGAAGAUGGUGCGCAGUUUUUCCAGCUAGAGUGGGCUAAUCACCAGACACCUAUUGGAGAGUUGAUUUCCACAUUUUUAUACUUGAUGACUGAAGGAAAGACACCAGUGGUAAGGGCAGAAAGCAUCAACUGUUUGAACAAUAUAAUUCCUUUGCAAUGUCAGGAAUUGUUGGUGAAAUUAGAUGAUCUAUUGAAGAAUAUUUUCUCGUUAGCAUCUACCGAGUCCUCGCAUUUAGUAAGACAGAACCUCUGUCAAUGCUUAACACUAAUUUUAGAAUUUAGGCCGGAUAAAUUAAUGGCACAUCUUCCCGGGAUCAUUCAAUUCAUGGGUCAUAUAAUCGUGAAUACCAAUAGAGAUAACGAUGACGAAGAAAAAGUUGCGUUAGAAGCCUGUGAGUUUUUACUAGCCUUAGUGUCAAAUGCAAAUGUACCAGAUCACCUAAUACAACCUUAUGUCAAAGAAUUUGUUCCAUUGCUUUUGAAUAACAUGGUAUAUAGCAAUGACGAAAUCAUUGUUUUAGAGGCAUCAAACGAAGAUGAUGCCGAGUCUGAAGAUAAAGAUGAGGAUAUCAAGCCUGUAUCUGCCAAAAUUCAAAAGAAGAAUGGUGAAAAUGAUGAGCAGAACGAGGAUGACGAUACAGAUGAGGAUGGUGAAGUAGACAAUGAGUGGAGUUUAAGAAAGUGUGCAGCAUCAGUUCUUGAUCUACUAACGGGUCUCUUCCCUAAAGAAGUUAUCGAAUCAGCCCUGCCAUUACUCAGAGAACAUCUCACUUCGAACAGUUGGUUUGUCAGGGAGGCGACUACGUUAGCAUUGGGAGCUAUGGCAGAAGGUGGUAUGAAAUAUUUUGACUCACAACUACCAGCUCUCAUUCCAUUUUUGGUAGAACAAUUGAAGAGUCCUUGGUUCCCAGUAAGAAGAAUGACUUGUUGGACCUUAAGUAGAUUCUCCACAUGGAUAUUGGAUGAUCACACUGAGUUUUUAAUUCCUGUAAUAGAACCAAUAAUGCAGACAUUGUUGGAUAAAAAGAAAGAUGUUCAAGAAGCAGCAAUCACAGCAAUUGCGACUUUCAUUGAAAAUUGUGAUUCUGAUAUCGUCUCAACUAUUUUAUAUGAACCGCUACUAAACAAAUUUGAUGAAUGCUUUAAGUUCUACAAGAAGAAAAAUCUAAUUAUCUUGUAUGAUGCCGUUAGCAGGUUAAGCGAAAAGUGCGAUCUUGAAGAACAAGCAUUGAAUAAGUUACUCCCACACCUCUUAAGUAAAUGGUCCGCUUUGGAUGACAACGACAAAGAAUUGUGGCCUCUACUUGAGUGCUUGUCCUAUGUGUCAACAUCAUUGGGAACUAAGUUUGCCCCAAUGGCCAUGGAAGUGUAUCAAAGAGCAUUCAGUAUUCUUUGUAGGUGCGUCGAGUUGGAACAAAAAUCUCAAACAGACCCAACAAUCGUUGUUCCAGAAAAAGACUUCAUAAUAACAUCUCUUGAUCUAAUAGACGGUUUGGUUCAAGGUCUAGGGUACGACUCCAAAGCCUUGCUAUUCCCGAACCAUGACAUGACCAUGUUUGCUGUUCUAUUACAAACUCUACAAGAUCACAACCACGAAGUAAGGCAAAGUGCAUAUGCCCUACUAGGGGAUAUAUCGUACUUCUACGAAAAGCAGCUAUUCACUGAGGAUCUCACCAAAAGUUUUGUCGAGGCUAUUGGUAACGAGCUAAUCCAAAAUGCAGAAAACCAAGAAGCAGUCUCCACUGUAAACAACGCCGUCUGGUGUCUAGGAUUGAUCGCUCACAAGAUAGAUUUGGGUCCACAUAUCAUUGAAAUCAGCAGAAUCGUUCUCGACUUAUUCUGCUCUACCCAACUAAUACUACAAUCCAGCGUUAUGGAAAACUUGUGCAUCACCAUCGCCAGUUUAGCACACUUCCAUCCGGAAGUCUUCACCCAAUUACCUUUUGCUACGGAAACUCAGUGGAAUAAAUGGUGCCGCUUGGCUUCAGAGCUUACUGAUCCGGAAGAAAAGACCGUUUCUUACGCAGGAUUUAUUAAAAUCAUGAAUCUCGUAGACUUCAAUACCCAAGGAAUGCCCUCAGAUAAAACGUGGGAACUCUUUUUCCACGGUUUGCAACAGGAUGUAGAUAUAUCCAUCAUGUCUGAUGAUUUAUAUGCAUUGGCUAUGCGCCUACCAGACCACUGGAACCAACUACUCCUAGGCUCCGGAAUGUUUUAA